AUGGAGCUGCGUGCCGCGGGGGGCGGCGGGGGCGCGUCGACGUCGCCGUCUUCAGCGUCGCCCUCGCCGUCCGGGCGGCCGGGGGAGGCGCUGUGCCGCGUCUGCGGUGACAAGGCGUCGGGGAAGCACUACGGCGUGCCCAGCUGCGACGGCUGCCGCGGGUUCUUCAAGAGGAGCAUCCGCAGGAACCUGGACUACGUCUGCAAAGAGGCGGGCAGAUGUGUCGUCGACGUAAGCCGGCGCAACCAGUGCCAGGCAUGUCGCUUCAACAAGUGCCUUCAAGUUAACAUGAAGAAAGACGCGGUGCAGCACGAGCGCGCCCCCCGGCUGGUGUCGCGCCCGCCGCCGCAGCCGCCCCCGCGCCUCGGGCUGGGACUGGGCCUCGGCCUCGGACUCGGCCUGCCGCCCCCGCAACCGCCUCCGCAGCCGCCCCCGCAGCUCACGCUCGACCCUGGACUGCUCUACCCUGCGCUCGCCUUGCCGACGCAUCACGUCUUCACCCAACAACAUGCUGGCCUGCCCGUGCACCUGCUGCCGCUGCUGCAGCCGCCCACGCCGCUGGUGGGCGUGUCCCCCGGCUCCAUCUCCGCCGCCCACGGCGUCCACCACGUGCCGCCCCCGGCGCCCGUCUGCCCCUCCACCACCGGCAGCACCUGCGGGGGCGGCGCCAGCAGCAACGAGGACGAGGUCACCAGCUCAGAGGAGGCUGGCCGCCACGACAAAGAGGCCAUGGCAUCGCCUAGCAGGCAACCGCUGGAGUUGUCCAGCCUGACGCUGCUGCCAGCAGAGAGCGUGUACGAGUCAGCCGCCAAGCUGCUCUUCCUGGGAGUCAAGUGGGCACGCGGUGUGCCCUCCUUCCUACAGCUGCCGGCCAGGGACCAGGCGCUGCUGCUGGAGGAGGCGUGGGGCGAGCUGUUCGUGCUGAGCGCCGCGCAGUGGGAGCUGCCUCUGGACGAAGUGACGCUGUCGCCAGCGCCGCGGCGGCAGUCGCUGGAAGCCGAAGCGUGCCGCCUGCGAGAGACGCUCUCCCGGUGCGCGCAGCUGCGGGUCGACCACACCGAGUACGCCUGCCUCAAGGCGCUGGUGCUAUUCAAGCCAGAGUGCCCCGGGCUGUCGGCUCGCGCGCACGUGCAGCUGCUGCAGGACCAGACGCUGGCCAUGCUGCUCGACUACUGCGGCGGCGGCGCGGGCGGCGGCGGCCGCCGCUUCGGACGCCUGCUGCUGCUGCUGCCCACCGCGCAGGCGCCCACGCGCCACGCCCUCGAGGACCUCUUCUUCCGCAGGACCGUCGGUGACGUCAGUAUCCGUGCCCUGCUCAGAGACAUGCUGGACGAGACGCGCGCCGACCGCCACUAG